AUGUUUAAGCAAUGCUACCAAGUGUUUAGGGUUUCAAAGUCGAGAUUUGGACGAGGCAAAAGAUAUGGCAUGGGCAAAUUCGGCGACAUGUUGGCGUGGACCGGAGCUUUUGCAGUCGUCGUUGUAAUUUUUAGGUCCCUUUAUUUAAUGUACCAUUUUCGGGAUCACACUGAGAGGAGCAACCUACGGCAAGUUUGUUGA